AUGGAGAAGGGAGAGGAGCAUAUGCAAAGAACACACGCACCAAUGUCAGAGAUUGCCAUGGUGAAAGAAGAUGAUAACCAGCUGGAACUGCAGGCACGUUCAGAGACUUCGGAGUCAAUGUUUGACAUUUUGGCUAUCACUGCCAAGCAUAUUGCUUCAUCUGUAAUAGCAUCCGUGGCCAUAUAUUCAAAAGCCAUUGAAAAUCAGCCCUCAGAAAUCUCACACGAUUCUGGUUCCCGUUUUGUUAAGUUACAACCUGCAGAAGGAGAAAAGCUUCGUACUGAUGAUGUCACUUUAAUGUUUCUUGCUCAUUGUGAAGUCCUUGCACUUCACUUGGCCCAUUUAAAUGGGCCAGAUAGAUUCAGACUAGAUGAAGUGGAGUUACUCAUCAAAUCCAUGCAUAUAAACAUUGUUAGUCAUGGAAAUGGUCAUUAG